GCGAUGGUCACACCGGCGUCUAGGCCGUCCGGCGUAAGGUCGCGAACAGUAUCGUGCUCACUCUGCGUGAGCAAACAGUGCGUGUCAGGCGAUCCGAAUUUUCACCUGGAUCGAUAAAGUAAUCCGACAGAAGGGAGCCGACAAAUAUGAGAAUCAGGACAUUCCUGAUCACCGUGAUUGUGAUUCUGCUUAUUUUUGGAGAUACCGAUGGGCGUAAAUCUGGUGGAAGUGGGCGUAGAAGUGGUAGUGGAGGAUCAUCAUGGAGUUCUAGAAAUCGAGGAUCUACGAGAACGACGCAGCGACCUCGAACACAGACGGGUGGUUCAACUCCGGGUAAUAUAGGAUGGAAUGUGCCUCCAAGCAACAACAAUAAAGCGACUAGUACCAAUGUCAAGCCCUCGGCUCCAGUAUCUGAACAUGUUUCCAAAACUAGCUCGUCGAACGUGCAAUCAGGAUACAAUCCGUCAGCGAAUAAUCCGCCACCGUAUAGUCCGUCAGGUUUUCAGCCGGCUAACAGAGGCUAUAAUAAUCCAGGAUAUCCGUCAUCCAACAUAAACAAUCCUUCGUAUCCCGGAGGUCAUGCGCCGUAUAAUCAAGCUUACAACCCGUCUAUGUCCCAUAACGCGCCACCAGCUUACAGUCCACCUUACAGUGGACAUUCUUAUGGCGGGCAACCUUACGGUGGGCAACCUUACGGUGGGCAACCUUACGGUGGACAACCUUACGGUGGGCAGCCUUUCGGUGGACACUCUUAUGGCGGUUUCGGGCAGCCGGCUGUUAGCCCAUCGUAUGUUCAACCAGCUAUUGCACAAGCGCCAGCGCUCACCGUUCUUCAGCCGAGCCGUCCGGGCAUCGGUCAACUGGCCAAAGAAGCGUUGGUCUAUUCCAGUGUGAGCGCGGGAGUAAGCGCAGCUGUGAACAGAUUGCUGCCAGGUGGUAUCUACGGCAGAAGUCCGGGAAGCAGUGGCAACGGCGGUGGUGGCAGUCACACCGAAGUCACCUACAAUAAUUACUACUACAAUCAAUCGAAUCCGGCAAACGGAGAAGCUGCGGUGGCGGCUACGAAUAACAAUGGUGCACUUGGUCCUAACGCGCCUAGUCCUGGGACACCGGCUCAAUCACCACCGGCCGUGGCGGAAACAGAGAAAAAAACUGAAGCUAAUGCACCCAACAACAACGCUGCUCCACUCAAUAACGCCAAUGCGCCUAAUCCGCAGCCAGACCAACCGAGCCCACCGAAUUAUCCGAUCUCUAACGAUGAGAUUAAGAAACUGACGGAGAACCUCUUCGAGAUGGACAAGAACAACGCGUAUAAGUACAUCACUGUGAACUUGCAAGGCGAGACGAAGGAAGACAGCACCGCGGAUGAUGCUCCCUUACCCUUGCUAGACGUCAAACCUGAAGCCUAUGAAAUUCCGACGAUUAAGAGCGUGCUGGCGUUGCACGAUAACUACGAGCUGGAUGUCAAGAAGAAGGAGGAAGUCACGUCUGAGGAACGUAAAGAGGAGUCCGAGCUGCUUGACAAAUUUCUGGAGACCGACGUGUUCAAAGCGGCGAUGAAGUUCUUAGUUGACAAGGAAUUCGUUCCGAACGACGAAUAUGAGUUUAAAGACACCCUGAGACGUAUGUGGUUCUCGCAGUUCCAGCGAGUCGAAGGCGAGCCGUCUAGUUCCGGUUUCGAGGCGAUAUUCUUGGCGGAGAAACUCGACUCGUACAUGAUCGGACCGCAGAAUUGGAUUUACUACGCCAAGCAGGAAGCGCAGAAGAACAUCGAUUACCGCGGAUACAUAAAGGACGUCAAGCUCGGAGACAAGGGAGAGGCUAUCAAGAUACGAUCCUCGUUUAACAUACCCGACACGAAGCAUUCAGUUACAACUCUUCUUGUGGGUCUCUCGCCCGAGUUGGAGAUGGCACUUUACACAGUAUGCUUCUACCUUCGGCCGAACGACGUUUGUCCGGUUUCAUUGGGCGGAAAGGAAGUUAUGUUGGUCUCUACUAGAUUCAACUAUUUUGGCAAAGAGAUCUUGAUCGCCGGCUUCAUCGCGGGAUGAAUCUCAGUUUAAAUCGCAAUUGUUCUUGUUCUACAUAACUCGGAUGAUUAAGUAUCGAAGUAGAAACAUUGGAAAGAGAUCAAACUCGGUUGUCUUACACGUUAAAAUGUAUACGUACAAUCCGGAAUAGAAAGUAUAUUAUUAUGUAGGUACAUAUUGUUCUCAGAAUUUAAUAUACGUCUACCCAGCACGAUACACUAUAACGUGUCUCAUACUUUUUUAUCCAUUUGCACAUAGAUAGAUAAAUAUGUAUGUAUGUAGAUGUGUAUAUAAAGCAAGCCUAGUGGCAGGAAAUAACACAUGAGAUUUCUCGCGGUUAUCUACAAGAGUUUAUAUGUCUGUAAUAAAAUUGGAAAGUAUAACUGUAAUAUGUACCUCA